UAAAAAUUGAUCGUCUCACAUCAUUAACCUUAUAUAGCUUCUCAUAGCUGACACACACAUCACACUGUCUCCAAAGGUGAACAUCAAGACUACAGCUGCUGCAGUCUGUAACCGCUGUGAAUAGCAUACCAAAGUUUGGUGGUACUUCAAUCAAUCGCAACAUGAACGGCUGGGCGUGGCAGGCAACAAGCAUCGCUGAGCAGGUGGGCAGCUCCGUCACCUUUGUUGGCAAUCUCUUGGCCCUGACUAUAUUCCUCUGGACCAAGAAGCUUCGCAUCAAAUACUACGCCUUCGUCAUCAAUCUCGUCAUCGCCAAUCUCUUUGAUCCCACCAUGACUUUCAUCUUGCAAUACUACGAUAAUGAUAUCCUUCUGGCUCUGCUUCGUACGUCGUUCUUUGUGGCCGAGUUGAACCUUCUGGCCAUCGCCGUCAACCGUCUACUGGCGCUGUCUAUCACUCCACCUGCCCGCUACGACUCCUUGGUGACCAGCGGGCGCCUGUUUGUGGUCUGCAUUCUGCUCUGGCUCAUCUCAGCCGCCAUCUAUCUGCCUUCCACCUACGUCUUCACUAAGGUCACCAUCCGAUUGGUCCGUCCUGUGAUAACCCUCACCAUCCUCGUCGUCACAGCGGUGCUGUACUACAUCGUCUUCCUGAAGAUUUCUCGCUACACCCCGCCGCUGGCGUCCACCCCUGCUCUCAAGGACGCCGAUGAGGUGACCCGUACCCGGAUGCGUCAAACUCGCUAUAUGAUGGUGACUGUUACUAUCAUCCUGGUCAGUUCACUCAUCUGCUGGCUGCCGUUCUGCUGCGCCAACGUCUACAUUUACUUCAGCGGCAAGUAUUACAGGGGCCAAACUGAGGAGUUUAAAAUCACGUUCACGGCCUUCAUUCUUCUUUUGAAGUUCAACUCGCUUAUCAAUCCUUUCAUCUACUGGUGGCGCAUCUCAGAGUUCCGUGACGGCUUGAAGCGGCUGGUGUGCUGUCAUUGCAUCCGACGGCAGAAUCCAGAUGAAGAUGACCCUGACGUGGAACUGUACGGUGGUGACAACUUUAGUAACACCAUCGAUUCCCAUGUGUAAAGACUCAGUCCGCAGUGCAUCCAACGCCAAGGAAUGUAGUCGAGUCCUUCACUAGUCUAUCACAAGUCCAUAACAUGUCCAGCCACAUAAACAGUGGAAGAAAAAUAAAUAAAACCACUUGUCAAAGCUUACUUUUAUAACUUGUGUUUUGCUUUGUACAAUAUCCGUCGCACCGUAUGGGAAAUUCCCCAAUUUGGCCGCGGGUCUAUUUUCAUUUUGAUGCAUCUGAUCCUAGCAAUAUUAAAUACCCCACCGUAAAAUUGGAGUGAGGUAUAUUGGUUAAUUCAGUUUUUCGAUUUUGAUGUUUAUUCGGUAGUGGUUAAAAUCCUUAAUGAUUAUUUCUUAACGUUUGUUUUUCUUAACAUACUGCAACGACGCUGGGUAUUUUAACCAAUUUUAAUAAGCCACAGUUUUUUGGAUUGAUUUUUCUUCGAAACGUGUAUAUAUUAUCCAUCGGUAAGUUUUCAUUUACGUUUAUGUCUUUCGUCUUUUGUUUUUUAGCUACUUUUAGGGCCUAGCCAUUUUUGGUGCCGUAUGUUAAAUCUUUAUUCAAACCUGUGAACAUUUAAUUUGUCACUAAGCUUUCAUUGAUAAAGAUUUUGUUUUAUAGUUUUCCAAUGUGUGGCUUAAAUGUAAAGCUUCUGCAAUCCAUAUUUUAUCCGCUGUCCUCUUUAGAAUCAUAAUAUAAAUAGGUACAUGUAUUGGUAAACUUGUUAUACUGAACUUGGACCAACUUUUUAAUUACAUUAAACAAAAUGAAAUGCUUUUUAAGCUUUACUGUUUCAAGGCGAAUAUAGACUUACGCUUGAUAUUGCCUGCUUGAUAAAACUAAUAACUGUCGGUCAUCGUUUCUAACAUUAAAUUAGAUAUUAAUCAUGUUCGUUCCGAUUUAAGCCAUUUAUCGUUCUGAUUUAAGGUAUCACAAAGGAGGAUAGCUGGGUGCUGUGGUCCAAUGGUUACAGUGUUCGACUCGUGUGCCGUGGUACAUGG